AUGACAGGACGGUUAGUUGGACAAGAUGUUGGAAGAUCUUUCCACCUUCCUGCCGAUGGACUACACCUCAGCCAGGAAACUGGACCCCAGUAUUUUCCGGACCCUUUUACUUCGGCUCAAGGAUAUACCUAUAAAGGAGCAGAAUAUGGGCAGGUGGUCCCUGAAGACCACUCUGUUACCAAUGCCCGCAUAGGGGCUCAUGGACUACCCAAAGCCUGGUACACUUUCCCUGGGGCUGAAGCCUGGGCCCACAGUGGAAUGGUGAUGCCACACGGAGGGGGCACAGGGGUCUAUGAUUCUUUCAAAGGUGGAGAAGGGGUGAAAGCAGAGAAGGAAAGUUUCCUCUGCCAUCCUUGGAACUCUUGCUUGCUUCCUCCAGUCCCCACCUCAGCAGCAGGGGGAAUGCUUCCCUGCAGCAGUCCAGUGUCAUCUCGGACUCUAGCUGGGAAUGGUGGAGGGCACUUGGGCAACUUGGGGGCUCAAGGGCAGCUUGGGGCACCACUUAGCCCCCUCGAUGGAAGCAGUGAGAGCCCCCCAGCCAGCAGCAGCCCAGAGAGUGAAGAUGGAAAAGGGACUUCCAGCGAUAGUGGAGAUGAGGAAACCCCCAGUGCAGCAGAUCUGGAGCAGUUUGCCAAAGAGCUGAAGCACAAGAGAAUAACACUGGGAUUCACACAAGCUGAUGUGGGACUGGCUCUGGGUGUGCUUUAUGGAAAGAUGUUCAGCCAGACAACAAUCUGCAGGUUUGAGGCUCUGCAGCUGAGCUUCAAGAACAUGUGCAAGCUGAGGCCGUUGCUGGAGCGCUGGCUGAGAGAGGUGGACACCAACGAGAACCUUCAGGAGUUGUGUAAUCUGGAGCAGGCUGCUAUCCAGGCUCGCAAACGAAAGAGGACGAGCAUCGAGAACAAUGUGAAGGGGACGCUGGAGUCGUAUUUCGGCAAGUGUCCCAAGCCCUCCGCACCAGAGAUAGCACAGAUCGCUGACGACCUCAAUCUGGAAAAGGAUGUGGUCCGUGUUUGGUUCUGCAACCGAAGACAAAAAGGAAAACGAAACGCCUUCCCAGGGAUUGAGGAAUAUGAUAGCAGUACUGUGCAGUACAGUAGUAUCCCCACCAUGGCCCUCCACAAUCCCAUGAUGCCUCAGGGUUACGGCUCAUCCUUCGCUACCACUCUCUAUGUCCCCCAGUUCCAUGAAGGCUCAAGAGACGUCAAUGGGCGGACACACUCCCAAAGCAUCAUGGGAUGGCAAGAAGGACAAUGCCUCUUCGUGCUUGAAGGCGAGUUUUUGGAGGACAUUGAGGAUGUGUAG